CACACACACACGCACCCCACACAGGAUAGUCAUUUAAUUUCUUGUUCAGUAAAACUGGUUAAACCAGAUGGACAGGUUAAACCAUAUUGGACUUUUUCUGAACUACCAAAAAUGCAAUUUCAGAUGCUUCAACCAAAUACACCUGAGUGAUUACAAAGAUGUAAGCAAAUAACUGUAACCUAUGUGGAAGUGUAUAAACAGCAGUGGCACACUUAAAAUAAGGGACGCCUCCACACAGGAUAAGAGUCUUAACAGAGUCCUGAAAGUCAAGCAGAAAAAAAGAAACCUAUCGUCCAGAAAUUCACUGUACUCAGCAGCAUCUGGUCUACAUGAAGAUCACCCAAUGCACUAGUAAUCCGAUGUCUACUGUCAGACUUUAGACCCUAUGCCAUGAACCAUUAAUUAUUUGUGAAAAGUGUAGCCCAUGCCAGCACUGUGCUCUUCCUUUCCUUAGCUUGAAGCUUCAAAAGUGGGAAUGCAGCCUGUUUCAGAGGUCACAGUUUGAGUCUUCGUGGCCAGCAGGAGAUAGCCCACAGGUUGAGAUAUGGGCUCUUGGGUACCAAUGGACUCAGACACCAAGCUCUUCCUAUAGUCCACUUGGGACACUAAUGACUGUAAGGCUCUGAAAUCUAAUAUGUCCAAGGCAAUGCUUUUAAAAUUUCACGUGAACAAAUCUUCUCACCUGGCUUUCCCAACCAGUAAGCGGCAUCAGCCUCCAUUCACUAGAUUAGGGGAAAUGGUCCAAGCUACCCUGAGAGGAGAGCUUCCUUGUGAAAGCAGCCUCUGAACUUUCGUCUACUUUUGUCUUGUCACAAGAAGGUACACUCUCCUCCCAGCAGCAAGAGACAUAUUUCACCAAUGUAAACCAAGUAAGCUAUCAGCCACAUAUAGAAUAAAAUCCACAUAUUUUAUCUUGGCCAACAAGAUCCUACAUGUUCAGGCUUAUGUAUAGCUCUCUGACUAAAAUUUAUAACACCCUCAUGUUUGAUAGGCUCUUGACAUAUUUUUAGAAAAACCUUCAGUGAUAUCAAGAUUUUCCCUGCCUUUCAGCCUUUGCACCAGGUAUUUUUUUCUGUUUAGAGGAAAACUUUUAAACCAUAGGAAUUCACUAAUUCUUAUAAUUCGGGUCUCACUUCAAAUGUCACCUCAGACAGGAUCCCUCCUGUCCCCUCAGUUACUCCCACUCGUGUAUAUUUAAAUAUCGUUGCAGUUUUCAGAAUGAGUUAAAUCCAAUUUAGGUUGACAUUAAUCUUCGUCAUAUAAAUACAAGCAUUUUUAAUUAAAUGUCACCUUUGCUUUUAGCAGUUCUGCUUCCCUAUGUGACAGGCUUUUAGGAAACAAACAGCUGUGAAGCUCUGCAUUGUGCUCAUGGCAGCUUUCACACCCUCUCUGCUGUGUUGUUUACUUAACGUUCUGGUGUGUCCACUAGAGCUGUGAUGUCCACUAGCCAGAUGUUGCUGUUUCAAUUAAAGUUAACUAAAACUAAAAGAAAAAGUACAGUUUCUUUGUUCUGUGGUAAAUAGGCACAUGGGGCUAGAGACUACCAUAUUGGACUGUGCAGAAAGAGAACAUGUCUAUCUUCACAGAAAGUUCUCUUGGAUAGUGCUGCUCAAGAGUAUAUACAACAAGUGAUAAUCUGUGUGUGUCCUUGAUGAUCAGUGCCACUGGCCAGAAGGAGCAAGAAAAGGAAAUACAGUGUCUGCUCAUAGAUUUAUAGUCUAGCAUGGGAGACAGUUUUCAAUAAAUAAUGAAAAACUAAAGACACAUGAUACUUGUAUUAAAAAGAUCUAACCCGAGAAUGAGGUUAGACUGCUUGAAAAGGAAAAUUAUUUGAGUGAAGAUUCAGAAAAUUGGUCAUUUCUUUAGCAUGGUUGUGUAGGGCUGGUACCGUGUUGUAUGGGUGGGGGUGGAAAGAGUAUUACCGUUGGGAAAAAUAAAUGUGUAAAUCCCUGAGACAGCAGAGAACCUGGUAUUAUCCAUUCAUUGAUGGAAGUCAGAGAUGAUUAAAGCAGAGAAAACAACGUGUGGGUGGUGGGGUUUGUGUGAGUUGGAUUGGAGCAGGUCACUUAGAACCAGGCUGACUUCUGUGGGUUUUUGGAAGGCCACUGGACAGCCAUAGACGAGCAUUAAGCAUUUCCUGUGCUGCAAAUAGAUUUUGGAAGUGACAACCAUGUUUGAAUGACAUCAGGCAGGAGCUUGUUAUGAACAAGUUAGGGAAGACUGAGGUGGCCUAGACAUGGACGCUGAUUGUGGAUUAGGAAGAUAGCGUAGUGAUAUAAUGUAGAUGUGGAUGUACGAAAGGGCAUCCCUUGAUAGAAUGCUCAUUCCUUAGGUUACAGGCUAUAGACCAGUAGAUACUUCUUACAGUUGAAUGUCAAUGUUGAUAACCCCAGGAUCAUGUUGAAGUGUGGAUUUUCUUUCAACAAUUCUGGGGUGAGACUUAAGAUUCUGCAUACUGAACAAGCUCCAAGUUUAUGCUGGAAAUAAUAGUGUAGAAAUGAUGAUAUGAGUUACAAUUAGAGAGUGCCAUUAGAGAAAAUUAUAAAAAGAAGGAUAAUGCUUAGAAGGGAAACACUGGUGUAAACUUCAUGCAAGAGAGAGAACAUUGACGCUGAGACCAAGAAAUGAAAGAGUAGGAGUCAACAUGGAGGGGGAGCAGGGUGAAAAGAAAUAGGAAGAGAGGCAGGAGAUGGUUCCUUAGCGAUAACAUAAAGAUUUUCUGAUUUAUGGAUCAAUUUAAUAUAAGGUUGAAAGACAAAGUGUUCAGGAAUCCUCCCAGAUUUCUCAAAAGCUUAGUGAGUGGUGUUCUCAUGGUUUGAAAAUGAAAGGGGAAAAAAAACCCAGAAAACUCAAGAGGCAGAAAGAAAUGUUAAUUUAUUGCAAAAGGAACAGAAAAAAUAUCGAUCAAAUAUCACAAUGAUAUAAAUAAAAUGAAAACGUUUUAAAAAGCACAAUAGAAGGUUUUUUACAGCACAUAAUUAAAAAAUAAAUCAAUCCUGAUGAGUUCAUUGUUAAUACUUGAAAAAUGUGUUCUUCCUUAAAAAUUCAUCCAUGUUAAUGUCAGAUAACAGGGAUAUUUGAUAUCAAGGACAAAGUUACAUCGAUGAACCCAGAACUUCAAUAUUGGACCCCUGACUUCCUGGAGAAAGUCAGGUUAAAGUUUGCUGCCUGGCCAGGCCUGAUUGCUUCAAUGCUCUGGAAUAAGUAAAUUCCUCCGUGCUCUUGUUGGCAGAACGAAGAGACCCAUGAAGCUGCAUGAAGAAUGCAGGUCUGUGCUCUGGAUGGUGGAACCUGUUCUGCCUUCAGUGCAAAUGCCCUCAGGGUGGACCAUGGCCCUGAGCCUGAAAGCCAGAAAGUUGUGACUCCCUGCUUCUUCUACACUGUUUGCUCCCCAUCCUUCUUCCAUUUCAGAUCUCGAGUGUGGCGCAGAAAGAACUAGGCCAGUCCAGGCAGCUGGGGGCCUAGAACGACCAUCUUGCACCUCCAUCUAUCAUAAGGAAGGAUUUCAGCUGCUCAGACUGGUGUGUGGACCAGACAUUAUUCAUCUGCUUCCAAACUUCCCAGUGCUCUGAUUCCACUCCUGUCCCUCUUCCUGAAGUGGCUUCUUGGGCCUAGAGAGGACAUUCCCUUAGACUUGUAGAAGCUGGAGAAGGAAAUGGAGUCAGUAGUCAUUGAGGAUGUGGCUGUGGUCUUUAGCCAGGAAGAGUGGGCUUUGCUGGAUCUUGCUCAACAGAAACUCUACAAAGAUGUGAUGAUAGAAAACUUCAGAAACCUGGCCUCAGUAGUUUCUCGAAACCUUAAGGAUGGAGAAAAGUUAUCCAGUGACAAUAUAAUGGUGAGAUACAUGAACAGUAACACCUGGUUCUCCAUGUUAGGAGAAAUCUCUGAGUCGCAUGGCAAUAAAGAUCAUCAUAAAAACCCAGAGAGAUGUUUGAGAAAUCAUACAGUAGAAAAGCUCUGUGGAAAUAAUGAAGGCAAUCAGUGUGGGAAAACCUUCAGCCAGAUUCUAAAUCUUACUGUGCUGAAAAAAAACCCUACAGAAGUGAAUCCUUUUGAAUGCUCUGAGUGUGAGAAAGCCUUCACGGAUCCCUCAUCACAUAACCAUCAUACCAGAUGUAACACUGGAUGCGUUACCUGUCAGAUUAUUGCAUGUGAAGAAACCUGCAGUGGUACCACUCCUGUGAGAACUCUUAAUGGAAAGAAACCCCAUAAAUGUGAGGUAUGUGGGAAGGACUUCAUUUGUUUCUCAACCCUUAAGAAUUCCGUGACAACACUCACUAGUGAGAAACAGUAUAAUUGUAAUGAUUGUGGGAAAGAUUUCUGUAUUUUCUCAUCGUUUUGGACACGUGUUAGAGGUCAUAAGGGUGAACGUAAAGAAUGUUGUAAAACCUGUAGUCGUCCUUUAUCCCUCAUUUUACGUAACAGAGAUAAGCCUUAUGAAUGUAAGGACUGUGGGAAAGCCUUUAAUUGGCCCUCACGCCUCACUACACAUAUGCGAACACACAGUGGAGAGAAGCGUUACGAAUGUAAGGAAUGUGGAAAAACCUUUAGUUGGCCCUCAGCCCUCACUGCACAUUUAAGAACCCACAGUGGAGAGAGGCCUUAUGAAUGUAUGGAAUGUGGGAAAGCCUUUAGUUGUACCUCAGCCCUCACUGCACAUGUAAGAACUCACAGUGGAGAGAGGCCUUACAAAUGUAAGGAAUGUGGGAAAGCCUUUAGUCAGUCAUCACACCGCACUGAACAUAUGCGAACUCACAGUGGAGAGAGGCCUUAUGAGUGUAAGGAAUGUGGGAAAGCCUUUAGUCAAUCAGCACACCUCACUAACCAUAUAAGAACUCACAAUGGGCAGAGGCCUUAUGAAUGUAAGGAAUGUGGGAAAGCCUUUAGUCAGGCUUCAACCCUCACUACACAUAUAACAACUCACAGUGGAGAGAGACCUUAUCAGUGUAAGGAAUGUGGAAAAGCCUUCAGAUGUUACUCAUACCUCACUUCUCAUAUAAGAAUUCAUAGUGGAGCAAGACCUUAUGAAUGUAAGGAAUGUGGGAAAGCUUUCAGUUGUUGCUCAGUAUUAACUAAUCAUAGGAGAACUCACAGUGGAGAGAGGCCUUAUGAAUGUAAGCAAUGUGGGAAAGCCUUUAGGCAGGCCUCAGGCCUCAUGAUACAUAGACGAAUUCAUAGUGGAGAGAGGCCAUAUCAAUGUAAGGAAUGUGGGAAAGCGUUUCGUGAUUCCUCAGCCCUCAGAAGACAUACGAAAACUCACAAUGGAGGCUUUAUGAAUGUAAGGAACGUGAGAAAGCCUUUUGUCAUUCAUCACACCUCACUUCACACAUAAGAUCUCACAGUGAAGAGUCUACUGUGUCAAAAGUGGAAUGUUUUAUCCUUAAUUGUAUAAUUUCAAACAGCAAAUUUCUGAAAGUGCAAUUAAUGAACAGAAUUUCUCAGUGACUAACAAAGCAAUAUUACCUCAUAGAAGGGGUAUUAGCUCCUUUGUGCCUUUCACAGAAAUAAGUUUCAUUUUCAGUAUGAGGUUGUCCUCAUCAGUGUUUGCUCCUUUCUCAGUCCAAGCUAAAUUUUACCUUUUUGAAAGUCCUUCACUAUAACAAAUAAAGCUGCAAGGAAUAGCCACGAGCAAAUAUGGUUUUAUAUUUGUUAAUGUUUUAUUGAUAUUAUUUUGCAUGCAAUUAAAUGUACUCUUCUUGUAUUUGGCUUAAGGAUUUUUUUUCUUGUUUUCAUAUUUAACGUGUUUCAUUCCAUUCUUCUAUUGUAAAGCUAACUAUUUUACCCUUUAUAAUUAGUAAGUUUCUCAUGGGGCCAUACUUUGAGACAGUACAAAUAUUCUGUUUUUCAUUGUACUUUAACCUAGUGAUUUACUAUGCAUUGACAAUUAUUACCUAUAAUUUUUAUCACCGUGGUGUUUACUAAAAGUACUCUCUCCUAA